AUGGGAGAAAUUGGCGCUAAGCUUGGCCUCGACGAGUUGACGGGUGGCGCGGUUGGCAUCAGUCGGGCACUCCUAGCAGAAUUCAUUGGUAAUCUAUUACUGAAUCUCUUCGGUUGCGGUGCGUGCGUCAACAUCUCUCAAGGAGCGAACGCUGCUCCGAACAUCGUGCUCAUCGCAUUAGCCUUCGGACUCGCUGUAUACGCGGCUGUUUCUGCGAUAGGUCACAUAUCAGGUGGUCACAUCAAUCCCGCCGUGACUCUUGGACUUGCAUCAACCGGAAAGGUUAAACCAGUGAGAGCAGUUCUCUACAUAAUCGCCCAGUGUGCAGGAGCUGCAGCCGGUUCCGGCCUGCUAAAAGCUCUAACUCCUGAACGCGCUGCUGGAAAACUCGGUGUUACUGGGUUAGGCACUGACGUUACACCACUUCAAGGUUUCGGUAUCGAGUUCUUCCUUGGAUUUGUGCUGAUCUUCGUAGUUUGUGGGGUAUGUGAUGGCAACAAACCAGACCACAAAUCAACCGCUCCUUUGGCGAUCGGCCUCACAGUGACUUUGGGCCACUUACUUGCCGUGGAUUACACCGGCUCUGCUAUGAACCCUGCCCGCUCCUUCGGCUCAGCGCUUGUAGCUAAUGAAUGGGCUGAUCACUGGGUUUAUUGGGCGGGUCCUAUCGCUGGUGGUGUUGCAGCUGCUCUCCUGUACGUGCACGGCUUCUCUGCGCCUCCCGUCGAAACCAUCACCCCUCCUAGGUACCGUGCGGUAGCCGGAGAUGAGAAAGAGCUGAAGCGGUUGAACGGGAAUCAGGACGAGAUGGCUUGA